ACUAUACAAAAAAGAGUCAAAAAAGACUUAACGAAGAUACUACUAAAAAUAAAUCAUCCAAUAAAAAAUCAAAGCGGAAUAAGGAAAAAGGCGAUAAGAAAGAUUCUAAUACUAUAAAAAAACUUAUUACAGAAUUAAAAUCUAACACCGCUGAACAAAACACAGAUAAAAUAACUUCUUACCAA